AUGAUAUUAUAUGUUUUACGUAGAACCGUGGUUUUAACGGUCCUGCUCGUAGCAUUACACUUAGCAAUUGUUACAAGCAAACCAGCAUUGUUAGCUUCUAAACAGGUGUCAGAGGCUGAGAGAGAAAUAGACCUAUCUAAACUUCGGAUUGAAGCUUUUAAACAAAGCAUACUUGAACAGAUAGGACAUUCCUUGCCAUCGAAUGUUUCUAAUGUUACCCACAGCAUAGAAACCAAACGGCAAAAAAUUAGAGAAUUCAGGGAUUAUCUUAUCAGUAAAAACGACAUGCAGCAUUUACCUGAUAAAGAAGAAAUGGAGUCCGAGACGAAAAGAAUACAGCAUACAUAUAAAGGCUACUACAAACAACAGAGAUCAGACAUGAUCAACCUGGAUGGACCAAUUGUGUUCUAUGACAUCCAAGAACAAGUUUCAAAGGAUAUAUACAAAGAACUUAUUGUGUUUUCUGCAACUUUGCAGUUAUUCAAAAAACAGAGAAAUGAAUCUGGUUCAAAUAUAAGACAUAAUUCUUCAAUGGACGUCAAAGUAUUUAAUGUUGAACUAAAUGAAAACUCAGAAUUAGUGAAAGGAAAGCAGAUCUCCUCUAAGACAGUUGAUGUUUCUGUAUCUGGAUGGGAGGAUUUUGACAUAUCUGAUGCAGUACAGAACUGGAUAGAUAACCCACAGUCAAACCAUGGAGUUAUGGUAUCGUCAAAUACUCAUAAUAUCACACAAUUCAUCUCUUUCAAUGACGAGAAUUUAUUGUUAAGAAAUUUACAUAAUGACGAAGGUAAAGCUCCACAUUUACCGGUACAUUUGUCUAACAAUUUCACUCCAGUACUUAACAUGGACGCAGAGGAAAGACCAAUUCUGAAACGCGCCAAGCGACAGGCUGGACGUCGUGAUUGUACACAUGGUGACGGAGAGGACAGGUGCUGUAGAUUUAGAACUCAAAUCAAUUUUCAUGACAUUGGCUGGGAUUGGGUUAUGGCUCCCACAGAUUAUGAAGCUUUUCACUGCGAAGGAAGUUGUCCGGAUCGCUUUAAAAUGGCAAGCACUUUUACAGGAAUCAAAUCAACUCUUCAUAAAAUGGACCCUUCCCGUUUUUCGGCACCCUGUUGUAUACCAUCAUCAUUCAAACCCCUGACAAUCCUUCACGCAAAUUCGUACAACACUUUAGUUUUUACAGAUCUGGCUGAUAUGGUCGUUCAAGACUGCAAAUGUGCUUGA